CGCACCUGCACUGUGGGAGCAAGACUUUUCGAUGGCGACGUGAACACCACAGUGACAAUUUGCUGUCGUCAGCCACCGGUUGAAGUUUGCCCUAAGGGAGAGGUUUGCAUUGAUGAUGCCACAUGUCCGGGCAUUCUGACAGACGGCACUGGUCAAAUUGACCCCAGAAGACCACCAAAGAGCUGCAUCUUGGACAGCUACACUAGUCAGUACGGGAUUUGCUGCGACCCGAGUCCACCGGUGCCCCAGCACUGCGGGGUGCGGAACCCAGAAGGGAUCGCCGUCUCUGGCUACAAGCUGAUUGACAGGAUCCAGAACCCGUCGCUGUUGCCAGCCAACGAAGCCCGGUUCGCCGAAUUCCCGUGGCAAGCCAUGAUCUACCGCGACCUGGGGCCAGUGAAGCCCGGUCACAAGACCGAAGCCCAGUUUGUCUGCGGCGCCACGCUCAUCGGCGUCCGCCACCUGCUCACUGCCGCCCAUUGUGUCAAAAACUACACCGUGCACGAGUUGGAGGUGCGAUUGGGCGAGUGGGAGAUCAACAAUCAAGUGGAACCCCUGGCAUACGUGGACCAUCGUCCAUCUGAAAUAGUCCUGCACCCCGAGUACAAAUCCGGACCCGAGUUCAACGAUAUUGCCGUUAUUGUGCUGAACAGACCCGUUGUGCGAGACCAUCACAUCAACACUGCGUGUUUGCCCGACAAUCCCGCCGACGUUUACGCCGGACGUCGCUGCAUCGCGACUGGCUGGGGAAAAGACGCCUUCUUUGGUAAUUAUCAGCAUGUGAUGAAAAAGGUCGACGUCCCGAUUGUUUCACACGCUGAAUGCCAGAGGAUGCUGAGGAAUACACGACUCGGAAACUACUUCCGGCUGCAUUAUAACUUCCUGUGCGCUGGUGGAGAGAUCAACAAAGACGCAUGCACUGGUGACGGUGGUGGACCUCUGGUGUGUGCCCGAGCAGAUGGGCGCUACGUGUUGGCAGGCGUGACCUCUUGGGGCAUCGGCUGCGGGCAGGCGGAAGUGCCCGGGGUCUAUGCGAAGGUCACAUCCUACUUGGAGUGGAUCCACGAAAUCAUGUCCCGGCCAGCUGUGGGCAACAAACCCACGAUCCCGAGCCAGGUGAAGCCCCAGACUCUGCCUCUGCCACCUCCAGCUGCUGCUGCUCAGAUCAGGUCCACUGAAGGAGCCAGCAAAUUCAAACUGCACACCACAAAUGACAGCGGGAAACACUGA